UAUGUCAUCGUUUACGCCUCACAAAAGGUUCCCACCGAUCUGUCAAGAAGGGCCCUGAAACGUGCAACCUGUUCAGAGAUGUCGGAAUCCUGGAAUCCCAAUGCCACAUAUUAACAUGUUCUUGCGGAGGAACAGCGAGCGCAAAUACAUAGGUGCAUGUACUCCGUACAUGAGCAGUCCAUUGGAAGCGAGAUACCGCUCUCUGCUCUAUCGGUGCGAAGUACGGAGUACUUGCAGACAGGCAGAAUCAUGAGAGGCGCAAGGAACGCACAAAAGCAAGAACAAAGGCCCAGGAUCCCCUUCUACAUGCAAACUAUGCCAACUCAGCAAAGUCUCCAUACCUACGUACUUGUCGUAUGUGAAGGGGUUCCGGCCAGUUCGCAGUUUUUUCUUCCCUGCGAGAGAGGCCGGUCCUGGGCCUUGGUUGCAAGAAAACGACCUUCGAUGACGGAACGGCGGCAAGGAUCGACUGUGCGCAAGACGGAAGAUCAGGACACGGUAGGGCUGGCUGCACCAGGGUGGGCACGUGUGCGGUGCUGCGCCAUCGUAUGCCUCAUUGGUGCCCAGCCAGUAACGCCCAAUUCCAAUGUCUUGCUACAGGCAUAACUGUGGACGCACAUUGAAUGUUUGCAUGAUCAAAGAGAAACCGAACUGCACCGGAGGAAACUUCUCAAACGCCUUCUAAUUGUUCAGAUAACUGGUCUAUUUACCCCUGAAGCCACUGAUAUCAUUGGACAGUACUGUC